AUGAGGGUUUUGACUCACGGCCGAAGUUCCUGCGUCGAAACCCUUUUAAGAAACGCUUGGGUAAACCACAAAAAGAGGUUUGAGGUUUUCAUAACGCAGCAGGACUCUGCAGCCGCAGACGGCGACGAGGCGUGUUUGCUGCAAACCCUCGCGGCCCUCAAAGUGCCCUGCGGGCUCUUCUCCGUGGGGGCCGUCAGUUCUUUAAUUAGGGAAAUUGAUUUUGUGUUGGUGGGCGCGGAGGCAGUGGUGGAAAGUGGAGGCAUUAUCAACAGA